AUGGAUGAGAAGCCAGCAUCUCGUCCACCCACCAAGAAAAAGCUGUUUGAUUGGCAAGUCGGGCACUAUAACAAGGAGAUGUUAAUGGGCUUCGACUUAUCCAAUCGCACCUCCGGCGCCACCGAUCUCCUCCAGAACUGUGACCUCCCCCCUCCUCUCAAGCUCUUCUCGCCAAUUGAAGAUGAUGAGAAGAAGAAUAAGAUCACCGCCAUUAACUCCACUCCUUUGGUGCCACAGAAUUCUCUACCAACACCAGCUCCCAGCGAGAACUCGAGCCUGCUGAGAGCUCUGCGGCUCUCCCAAACACGAGCAAGAGAAGCCGAGAAGAAGGCGUCGCUGGCAAAUGCGAGAAACGAGCAUAUGGCCACGUUGCUCCUGGAGGAGUCAUUGAGACUCUCGGCUCACCGGCAGUGGGUGAAGCUACUCGAGGCCGAGGUCGCGAUGCUUCAAGAAAAGAUAUUGUGGUCGCGGACAGAGGAACACGCAGAAGGUGAUGCGAUGCCGGCGGCGGCGACAUGGUGCUUGGCUUUGGCCCUCUGCUUGGGAAUUGGUGGAGUGGGUAUUGCAUUAGGCCGGCACUUAUUUUGA